UGCAUGUGUGUGCUCUACCGCCGCCACUGCUGCCCUUUGAUCCUUGCAUUAGUGUUAGGGGCUUGAAAGCACACAGGGAGCAGCCAUUGCCAACGGCAGCAGCACAGCUCAUCACCAUGAUGUAGCCCUUACAUACACAACACACACGUAUAGAUCACAUUCAUUCCCCAUUGAAGAAUAUUUAUUACGACUGGGGGAGGGAGGUGAAAGGGAGGACAAGCCAGGUGCAACAACCAAGCUCCCUGACUCCAGGACCCAGCUCUGAUCAUAUUGCACAGAACCCUUUUCUUUGCAUCUCGCUUCUAUUUUACCUACCGGGGGAAUAAUGUGAUCGACUUGGGGAGAAAAAUAAUAAUUCAGAUCUCUACAUAUUUAAGGAAUAAAAAAAAGACAGGGGAGAAAAUGCCCAGGAGGAAGCAGGAGCAACCUAAACGCUUGCCUUCACAUGGUACUAGACAAGAGGAGGUUGAAGGGGAAGCUAGUGAAGAAGAAAAUUGGUUUGGAACUAAUUCUGAAACUCCAUCAGAAUCUUCUUAUGGUGACGCACAAGAGAACUUUAGGUUAUCUCCAGAGGAUCAAGGUCAAGACUCGCCUACUUCUCCAGAUACUUCUCUAGGAAGCGCAACUCCAAGUUUAAACACUGAUCUGGGAACUUUGGAAAAUGAACUGUUUAAGGAUGUUUCUCAGUGUCGGGAGCACAUGUCAACCUCUACAUCUUCUUUAGAUGAGGAUGAACAAGCAGGUGUAAACAAGCCAUUAAGCAGUAAUCUUAGACGUCUUUUGGAGGCAGGCACUGUCCAGUUGUUAACAGAAGCUGCUACAAAUGGCAGGGAGGAUAAUUUACUCACUUCUGGUCCUAGUCUUCAGUUUUCUCCUUCUCACCAUGCUAAUCAGUUGAGCGUUCUUGCAAAGAAACUUGCUGAGAAACAUGAACACAGUGAUCAGUAUGGAUCAAUAUCUACUAACAGGUUUAUUUGGAGCCAGGAUAAAUGGUUGCAAAACUCAAAUAACACAUGUGGCCUGUCACCAGACUCUGCUAUACUAAAACUAAAGGCAGCAGCUAAUGCAGUGCUUCAAGACCAGUCACACAUUAGAACUGAAGAUAAUAUAAGAUUUGAAUCCUCAUUUACAUCACCAUUUAAUUCACAGUCUGCUAGUUCCACCUUAGCAGCUUUGUCUAAGAAAGUGAGUGAGAGAAGCAUGACUGCAGGACAGGAGCGACAUUCUACAGCUGGUUCAUUUCUUUCUCUGGCUUCCAUGACCUCAUCUGCAGCUCUCUUGAAAGAAGUUGCUGCUCGUGCUGCUGGUAGUAUGCUUGCUGAGAAAAAAAAGCCCCAUAUUUCAGAGGAUCCAUUGGCACUGCCGGAAGAGAAGAAAGAAAAAAGUUUGCCAAAUCAAUCUUUAGAACUUCUGUUACUUCCAUCUCCAAAAGGAAGAACUUCAAAACCCGGAAACCCAGCCCCAGAAGAAGAAGGUGGGAAACCUUUUCAGUGCCCUAUUUGUGGAUUAGUGAUAAAAAGAAAGAGUUACUGGAAAAGGCACAUGGUGAUUCACACAGGUUUAAAAAGCCACCAGUGUCCACUGUGUCCAUUUCGUUGUGCCCGCAAGGACAAUCUGAAAUCGCACAUGAAGGUCCAUCAGCAUCAGGACAGAGGGGAAACCUUUCAGUGCCAGCUCUGCCCUUUUACCUCCUCUCGCCAUUUCAGCCUGAAACUUCACAUGCGAUGUCAUCAACACUUCCUCAGGGCAGGGGCAAAGGUGAAAGAAGAGUCUAAUGAAAUAGACAUUAAAGACUCCAAUUUUAAUAAUUCUUUGGGGAGCCAGGAUGAGAAGAAUGCUUCUCCUGCACAUGGAACCCUUCUUUCAGAUGCCUUGAACCAUAUUAGCCCAAUAGCUAUUAAGGAAGAGCCUACAGAGAUUGAUAGUUCAUCUAUGGUGUCCUUUACAGUUAAAAACACUGACAGACCUAACAGUACCAGCAGCGUGAAGCUAAAAGACAGCUCGGAUUUUCUUACUUGCCCAUCCUCCCUUUUCAGCCAGGACAUUUCUGUCAAGAUGGCUUCUGACUUUCUGAUGAAGUUAUCAGCUGCAAAUCAAAAAGAGCCAUUGACCUUUACAUUUAAAGUUAAAGAAGAACCUAGCGAUGAAGAGCCUUCAAAUUCCAUGUCACCCCAGUCUGGUUACAGCCAGGAAUUGGAGGCACGAAUCUCAAGUACCCCUGAUGGAGACUGCAAGUCACAAGAUACAAAGCAGAACAUACUAACACAGGAUAUCUCAGUCAAAGCUGCGUCAGAGCUCCUUAUGAAGCUCUCAGCUGAAAGUUGUAAGGAUGCACAGGCUGUGAAGAUUAAAGAAGAACCUAUGGAGGUUGACAUCCCUGACUCUUCCGUCUCCCCUAGACAAAACAUUGGUUACAGCACUUUAUUAAGGGAAGAAAAAAAUGAGUCAGCGCAGAAGAUGCCAGACUGUCGAGUUAUUCCUCAGGGAAACUUGUUCAGCCAAGACAUAUCUGUGAAGAUGGCUUCAGAACUUCUCUUUAAGUUGUCAGAAAAAGUAAGCAAAGAACACAAUCACAAGACCAACAUUAUCCGAACUACCAGCCCUUUCUUUUCAGAAGACAAAUGCCUGCAGUCUCCAUUCAUCUCCAACUUUAAAGAUCACCCCAAAAAUGAAUCUGGGAACGUAUCAUCAACAGAGCCUGACCCUCUUGGACCUGAUGCGGGCAAUGGGUUAACAGCUUGGAAACUGAAUGAACAGCUUUUUCCAUGUGAUGUGUGUGGUAAAGUUUUUGGCCGACAGCAGACUUUGUCCCGGCAUCUCUUGCUGCACACAGAAGAAAGAAAGUACAAAUGCCACUUGUGCCCAUAUGCUGCUAAGUGUCGUGCUAAUUUAAACCAACACUUAACUGUCCAUUCAGUGAAGCUGGUGAGCACCGACACAGAAGACCUUGUAAGUGCAGUCAUCUCUGAGACCAGUGACAGAAAGAAGAAUCCUUAUUACUACAGUUGUCACGUGUGUGGCUUUGAGACUGAGCUGAAUGUCCAGUUUGUGAGUCACAUGUCCCUGCACGUAGACAAGGAACAGUGGAUGUUCUCCAUCUGUUGCAGCACUUGUGAUUUUGUCACUAUGGAGGAGUCUGAUAUGAGGACACACAUCAGUAGCAAACACUCAGGAGAUGAAAUUAAGACUCCCAGUGAAUCUAUAAGUCCCUCCUCUUCUUCUCUGUCAGCACUUAGUGAUUCAGCCAAUAGUAAAGAAGAUUUGGAUACUCCAUUGAAAAAUCAGACCUCAAACAACUUGUUGGUUAUAUCCGUAGUGCCUGGUUCUCACUCCUUUGUCAGCACUGAAGAGAAAUCAGACAAAGGAUUUGAGUGUGUAUUUUGUAAUUUUGUUUGCAAAACAAAAACUAUGUUUGAACGACACCUUCAGAUUCACCUGAUCACACGCAUGUACGAGUGUGAUGUGUGCCAUAAGUUCAUGAAGACACCGGAGCAGUUGAUAGAACACAAGAAAUGCCACACAGUCCCUACCGGUGGGCUCAAGUGCCCAUUUUGUGUCUACUCCACAAACCGUCCUGCAGCUAUGGAAUGUCACCUGAAGACACAUUACAAGAUGGAGUAUAAGUGUCGCAUCUGCAAGAUAGUAAAGGCUAACCAGCUUGAGCUGGAAGUGCACAUCCGUGAGCAUCGGCUCGGGAAUCAUUACAAGUGCGACCAGUGUGGCUACCUCUCAAAGACAGCCAAUAAGCUGAUUGAGCAUGUACGUGUCCACACAGGAGAGCGCCCCUUUCACUGUGACCAGUGCAGCUACAGCUGUAAGCGCAAAGACAAUCUUAACUUGCACAAAAAACUCAAGCACUCCCCACGCCAGACAUUCAGUUGUGAAGAGUGCCUGUUUAAGACCACACACCCCUUUGUCUUCAGCCGUCAUGUCAAGAAGCACCAGAGUGGUGAAUUCAUGGAAGAGGAGAAAAAAAUCCAGCCCCCAAUUUUGAAUGAGGUCACACCAUUACUUCCAGUAAAUGACUCUAGGAGCCUUUUGUCACCUUUCUCAGUCAUGUCUGCCUCACAGGCCCUACAAACGGUGGCCAUGUCCGCUGCACAAAGCAGCGGUGUGGGAACUCGUUUAGCACUUAAGGCCUUUGCAGUAAAUGGUAUCUCCACGUCCUUAGAUAGGUACCAAAACUCUGAGUUUGCUCAUCUCAUUCCCUUGACAAUGCUUUUUCCCAAGAAUGACUGUGAUGUCACAUUCCAUCCACCCAGACCUCAAACCGCACCACCUGGUGCCUCUACACCCAAGCACUCCUUCCUUGCUUAUCUAGGACUAAUCGAAAGGGCAAAAACUGUGUGAGUUCAGCCCUCUCACAGAAAUCCAGCAGGUAUACAUUGCUGCAAUGUUUAGGGUUGAAAGGUAUGAAAAAGUGUACUGUAUAUUAUUAGCAAGAUUAGUUAAUGGGCUCUGUGUGUUAAAUGUAAUUGCAUUUUCAUAAAAGCUGCUUAAAAAUGAAAUCUUCAGAGGUAACCUACUGCAUACUACUACAUAUCAGGAGGCUGGCUGCUGGUUUCAUAUACCUCACCAUAAGCUAUAGACUGAAGGACAUAAAAUGUCUGCACUUAUGAAAUAUAACAGAUCAAAGUUUCUGUUCUGUGUGCAUGUUUGUGAGUGAGUGAGUGUGCGCAAGACUGAAAGAACUAAACAAUUUCCCUAUCCAGUAAAACUGUUUGUAGUAUAGUCUACAUUUCCACCUUUCUUUUGUUUUAUCAGGAACAAAAUGCUCAACUAUAUCAUUUUAAAAUUCACAAUAGCCAACAUAAUUAUUUCUACUUAUACCAUAUUAUAUUAUAAAUAUUCCAUGCAUACAUAUAUUUAUACUAAAUAUUUUCAUACUCAUAAUGAAAAGCUAAAUAUUUAUAUAAAUCAAGGCAUCAUUCAUUUUUCAACUUAUCGUAGCAUCAGUCAUUACAGUUUAAAAUGAUGGCACUAAGUCAUAAUUAAUGAAAAAAAUCUUUAGUCAGAAUUAUCUUUAAAACAAGAUAUAGUAUACAUUAUAUUUGAAAUGUGUUGAGAAUGUCAAGGAUUACAAACUUAUAGCUAAAUUAAUAUUUACUAAAAUGAAGUCAGAAGGUUUGUACAUUUUUCUUUCCCUUCAUAAAAAAACAAGAUGCUGCUAAAAUUGUUUAAUAUUUUUGCUCUUAUAUUUUAACAUGCAGCGGAUCUGUUCUUUCACUUCUGUAUGUUCCUAUCCAAUAUAAAGCUUUAACCCCUGAACAAGCUUUAUAAUACAGAUGAAUUCUAAUCAUCCAUAUGCAGUCUAUUAUAUUUUCUGUCAGAAGAUCAGUGCUAAAGUUUGGACUAAAAGUAUAGUGAAAAGAUUUAAAGGAUAAAACCUUUUGCUGCUGUUGUGGCCAAUAUUAGUGAAAUGGUUAAAAACCUUGCCCUUAUGGAACUGUUUUAAAGUCAGAAUAUAGCUGUCUGAAUUCAGAUGCAUUUGGCUGAAUGAAGUCCUUGUCUGGGUAUUUCUUGAGUUCUGUUUUGGGUAACACAGGUUUAUGGAAGAGGUUACAAUAGUUUGUAUUCCUCAUCUGCAGUAAUAAUUAGUUGACCUGUAUACUCUGACCAAUACUAGGAAGGGCCUUAAGUUUAACAUUAAAGGGAUACUGUAUUCAAAAAAGAUUCUAUCAUCCAUAUGAAAGAGCAGCAAUUUAUUUAUUUUGCAUUAUAAAAAUGUAACAUUAAAGUUUCUUAAAGGGAUAGAAAGGUCAAAUUGAAACAUGCAUGGGGCAUUUCAAAUAGAAGCAUUUUUACAAUAUACUCCCAUUAGCAAAAAUUCUUCUAGUAAAAGUUAAGUUUUUUCAGCAGUACACACAGCUUUGCUGUGAGGGCUCGUACACCAGUAUUCAAACACUACAACUUUGUAGAGAGUCAGAAGUACUUAUAUGAAGUCUUCACAGACACAAUACAUAUCACCACCAGCUCUCUGAGUUUGAAUUCUGGUGCACACACCCUCAUGGCAUAUAUGUGUAUGCCACUGAAAAGCAGAAAUAACUAUAAUGAGAAGCAUUUUCUAUUUUCUUAUUUAUUUUUUUCUAGUAAAAUGAUAUUGCAAAAAUGCUUCUAUUCAAAAUUGAAAUAUACCCAUACACAUUUCAAUUUUGACCUUUCUAUGCCUUUAAACUGACAUGAUUAAGGGCUUGAAACUGUCAUUUGUGCACCUGGACCUUAUGAAGCAAUAAAGGAUAUUAUUUUAUAUAUGUGGCUGGAAUUCUACUACUAAUAAGUGAACAAAGAGUUGGCCGAUCCUGUCCGUGCCUAUUAAGGAGAGUGCUGUUUUGUCUUUACAUGUGGAAUCCCUUUAAACUGAAACUGCUACAUCUGUAUUAAAUGUGCACUUCCUACCACCACUCAUUGGCUGAUAGGUCCUUGCCGGUUUAUAGGUAUUUCUUUCUUAAAGGUGGUGAGAAUCCACAAUCCAUUACUCCUGGGUUUUAUACUCCUGACCACUAGGAGGAGGCAAAGAUUCCCAAAACAUUAAAAAGUCCUUAAAAUCCCUUUCACCUUACUGAAAAUUAGUCUUGUCUUUGCCUCCGCAGGAGGAAGGUAAAGAAUGGAGGUGCUCCAGAUGUUUUUUUGUGAGAAAGGUCUUUAGACUGAUUUGAGGCCCAAUUUCCAGCUACUGUUGGACAGAGGGAAGCUUUUGGCGUACACAUACACCCUAUGGGAGUUAGUCACAGGCCUGCCACAGGUGUCGCAGGGACCGGUCCUUAGUUUACUCCUUUUGUUUAAUUUAAACAGCUCUUAACACACAUUUCUGUAAGACAAACAUAUCUGCAUAUUUCAAUACUGCUCUUUCAAGACAGAACAUUUAUGAGUACAGUGUCCAUUUAAUACAGUAACUUGUUUGAAAAACAUAAUAUGCUUUGGAGACAUUGUAAAGCUAUAGCUUUCAUUUAAGUCUUUUUGUUUUCUGGAAAACACUAUAUUAAACUUGGAUUACUAUUAUGUGUUCAGGACAAAUGACCCAGGCACCAGGUAUAUGAUGUUUAAUGACAAAUCAUCAACACAUGUAAAUGUAACUUGUUCUAAAUUAUCUUUUCAUAUAUGCAGAGCAAAUUAAAUUGCACUUAAUAUAUUAAAUAGUUAUAUUGCUGAAUUAGGUUAUCAAAUCUGCAAACUGAAAAUGCACCUUUCAGAUUUAGUAUAUUAAACAAAAUGUCUGUGGAAAUGUAGUAAAUAUGCAGUGGGUACCUUUUUUAAUUUUUAUUAAAACCCAUUUUAUCAGCAGAAAAAUGAUUAAGAAAAUCCACUAAAAUGGAUUAAAAAGGGUUUGGAAAAAUACUGGGUCCAAAUACCCAGACUAAAAUGGCAGUUUUGCACAGUGCUUAGUGUUGCACUAUUAUGUUUCUUUUCACAAGAAAAAGAAAUGAGACCUUUUGAGUGAGAUUAUAUAGUUUCUGACUAAGACUGAACUUCUAAACACUUUGUAAAAUG